UUUCACCCCUCAGGCUGGUUUAUUGUUUUGAUAUAACAGGUUGAUGUUUUGUGUGAAUUGUAGCAAGUGGGUCGACGUGAAGAACAUUUCACAACUUGCAGUACCUGUUGAGGAUUUACUCAAACGCGUACAGACAAUGUAAAUAAUGACGGUGUUGACCAGAUAACGGCGUUUCUGUUGACAAAGAUGCUUCGUCCAAGAUAAGCUAACGUUAGCUGUCUGGCUAAUGUAGCGUACGUAGCUUUGGUAACAACAUGACGAUGGUGAGAAGCGGUGUGUAGAAGCGACCGACCAGACGUCGGAUCGCGCCGAUUUCCUGCUUGUCAAUCACAUAUUUUCAGGAUUGUUCUGUCUGGAAAGCCACAAAACGGCGUUUCCAGCCAAACAAACAACACUGGUUUAUUUAACGUUAGCCGACAAGUUAUCUCCGGAGAGGAAUUGUGGUUGGUUGGACAAUUACAUCACUUUCUUUCAAUGGGAGAGGAAAAGCCAGACACGCUUGACUUUGUGAAGGAUUUCCAGGAGUAUCUGAGCCAGCAGACUCAACAUGUCAACAUGAUAUCAGGCUCCGUCAGCGGCGUCAAGGAGGCUGACGAGCUGCCACCAGAUUGCAGUCAGAAUGGACUGGAUCACCCCUCAGUGGACAUGUCACUGGAGGACAGCUCAGGGAUCCUGGUGGACGGUUUUGAGAGGACGUAUGACGGAAAGCUCAAGUGCCGCUACUGCAACUAUGCCACGAGAGGCACAGCAAGACUCAUUGAGCACAUCCGAAUUCACACAGGAGAGAAACCUCACCGUUGCCACCUCUGCCCAUUUGCUUCAGCCUACGAGCGUCACCUGGAAGCCCACAUGCGAUCACAUACAGGCGAGAAGCCUUAUAAGUGUGAGCUGUGCUCCUUCCGGUGCAGUGAUCGUAGCAAUUUGUCGCACCAUCGCCGUCGACGCCACAAACUCCUGCCAAUGAAAGGCGCUCGCUCACUUUCCCAUAAGAAGAUGCUGAGUGUUUUACAGAAGAAAGCUAGCUCACUGGGCUAUGGCCGCCGACUCCUCAUCAACUUCAGCCCCCCUUCUAUGGUGGUGCACAAGGCUGACAAUGUGAACGACUUCUCCCAUGAGCUCCCCCACUUACGUCAGGAGACCUAUGAUAGUCAGAGUCGAGGAGUCGAGGACGGACACACAACAAAUCAAAAUCACCAUCAUCAUGACAUGGUUAUGGAUAACCCCCUGAACCAACUGUCCACCCUGGCAGGCCAGUUGGCCAGCCUCCCUUCAGAGUCCCAGGCCCAGACUCAACCUCCUAUGUCUCCAGGAGCAGAGUCUAUCGUUGAUGAGAAGCCCUUCCUCAUCCAGCAGCCCCACCCUGCCACAGCUCCUGUGGCUGUCACGGCCAGCAUGGUCCAUGCCUCCUCCUCCUCCCCAAUCACUCCAGAGCCCCGGGCUCCUCCCCACAGCAAUUGCAGCCCUGGAGGGGGACCCUGCAGCGAGCACAGUGGGCGUACCAGCACCCCUAGUAUCUCCAACAGCCAACCCAGUACACCGGCCCCGGUCCUGUCCGCCCCACUCCAGGACCCCCACAUGCUGCAUCACUGUCAGCACUGUGACAUCUUUUUUCCUGACAACAUCCUCUACACCAUUCACAUGGGCUGCCACGGCUACGAGAACCCAUUCCAGUGCAACAUCUGUGGCCACAAGUGCAAGAGCAAGUAUGACUUUGCCUGCCACUUUGCCCGUGGGCAGCACAAGUAAUGUAUGACAACUUUGAAAGAACUUUUAAUGAACAGCUUUGUUUUAUUAAUACCAUAGUAAUUUUAUUUAUUGGUCUUUUACUUGGCUUUGAUGUAGCCUAGCCUUUGAAAGUUGUACUUAUACCAGUAAAUGUCAACAUUCAGAUGGUUUUAUUUUUUAUGGUGCCCAUUUGAGUGUAUUAUAAAGGGAUGAACAGUGUUUUCAACAGGUUGAGAAUUUAUUUGUGGUGGUGCUGGGAGUUGGAUACAUGUGCUGUCAUAAAUCAGAAUAAAACUUACAAUAUAUAUUAGAAUAUUCCUUGAAUUUGGUUUGUCUUUUGGGUUUGGAUUUUAAUUAGCAUAGUUAAAAAUGUAUUUCUGUUUUUAUGUUGUUAAAUACAUGAACUUAACUCAUUGGCAAACUUUUCAAAUCUCUCUCUGUCAAAGGAAAUACAAGGCCACGCUAAAUUAACUGACAGAAAUUGCUUUCAUUGUACCUAUCUAAAGCAAGUAGAUAGGUACCGUUUUAUGCAGGUUAAAUGGCCUCAUAUUGGACUGAGCUGAAUGAAAGCCAGUGGCUAUUGGAAGGAAUUCAUUUAGCAAUUUAAACACAACUUAUGAAUAAAGCAGCCAUGCUAUGGGCAGAGUACAUAUUUUGGGGAGACCACACGCAUGUAGUUGCGAGUGGGCAACCCAAAUAAAUUCUCAACACUCCUGGAGCUGUGUUUCACAGGAGUGAAACUGUUGGCCUUGAGUGAUCUUACUUAAGCCUUAUUGAAAUUAUUUCAGUGCUUGGUGCAUUACUACUAUUUCUUUGCAGUGCCUGACAUAGUCACUUUCUUGUGUGUCCAAGAUAGGACUGUUAUUUUUAAGAUUAAUAGAUAUUAUUACAAUAUCUUCAUGUUACUGUACUGGAUAGGCCCGGAACCUUAGAAAAGAAGUUUGGCCAUUUAAGUUUUCUAUGAUCGCCAUGAUUUUCUGUUUUUUGCCAAAAUUCUGCUCCAUGACUGCUGCUAAGAAACUUUGGGAUCAAAACUAUAUGGAUGGCAUCCACAGUAAAACUGGCCAAACUUUGUGUCAGUUGUUUUUGCUCAACUAGCUGAGUUGGUAAACUAUAUUUUGUAGAGAUCGUGUUAUUUUGAAGUCCCUCAACACAGUGCCCUUCUUUGACCGGCAUCACGGUACCUUUUACUCAUUUUGUUUACACUGUUUGCAUAUUCUUUUAAUUACUUCAUGUCACAUUCUAAUAUUUUGAUAUUGUAUGAAGUCACUUUGAAAUCCAGUGUCUCUAUGUUUGGGACAGAGUCACCAAGUCUUGUGUCUCAUGUGAACACUUUCAGAAUUGCCACGUAGCACUGGGGAUGCCAAUUUUUACAAACACUGAGAUUCCCCAUUUAUCAGAUGGAUCCCUGUGCUUUUCCGAAUAUUUACUGAGUAUUGUAUUCUGAGUGGUUGGAUAAAUGUUCAGUGUCAAAAAAGCAAAAUCAUGCUGCAGUAAGACUGCUACUUUAGCACAAUUGUUCUUUGUCUUGGGUACUGUUGUCUGUUGCGUAGCAACAUGCGUGGAGAACAUAGUUACUGUUUAUAGGACCACCUCCUUGUCACCAUGCUUACCAGUAAGAGGGGCAUCCAGCAAUGACUGCCUUAUGUUCUCUGUGUGUUGUAGGUUCAUAGGUAAUGGUGAAUGUUGAAGCCUUUUGGCGAUUACUCUCUCCCUCUUGGAUGGCAAAUCAUUUUAUUGUAACAUGGAUUAAUCAAACUAAUUUAUAAGUAAAGUGUUUUCUAACUGA